AUGGAGUCCACAGCUUACCCUCUCAAUGUAACCCUGAAGGAAGAGGAAGAGGAAGAAGAGAUUCAGAGCCGGAAACUGGAAGAUGGCCAUUCAGAUAUGCAGAAAGUGCGAAUCUGCUCAGAAGGUGGAUGGGUACCAGCCCUAUUUGAUGAGGUGGCCAUAUAUUUUUCCGAUGAGGAGUGGGAAGUUUUGACGGAGCAGCAAAAGGCCCUCUACCGGGAAGUCAUGAGGAUGAAUUAUGAAACUGUCCUGUCCCUGGAAUUCCCGUUCCCUAAGCCAGACAUGAUCACUCGCCUGGAAGGGGAGGAAGAGGCUCAGAAAUCCAAAGAAUGGCAGUUCCAAGGAGGACCACUUGCAGAAAAUGAAGAGUCUGACAACAUGAAGCCUCCAGAUUGGGCGGGCCCAGUGAACACCACCGCCCGGCUUCCUCGUGCCUCACCUGCGCACCUUGACAGCCUUGGCCUCCGGCUGCCUCGGGACCUCACAGACCUGCCUGAAUGGGGUGAGGGGUACCCCUUCUACAUGGCCAUGGGCUUCUCCGGGUACGACCUUUCAGCUGAUGACAUCGCCGCCAAGUUCCAGUUCAGCCGGGGCAUGCGCCGCAGUUACGACGCCGGCUUCAAGUUGAUGGUGGUGGAGUAUGCCGAGAGCACCAACAACUGUCAGGCUGCCAAGCAUUUCGGAGUGCUGGAAAAAAACGUGCGAGACUGGCGCAAAGUAAAGCCGCAGCUCCAGAAUGCCCACGCCAUGCGCCGAGCGUUCCGGGGCCCUAAGAAUGGGAGGUUUGCACUGGUGGACCAGCGUGUGGCUGAAUAUGUCAGAUAUAUGCAGGCCAAAGGGGACCCGAUCACCAGGGAGGCCAUGCAAAUGAAAGCUCUGGAGAUUGCCCAGGAGAUGAACAUUCCAGAGAAAGGGUUCAAAGCAAGCUUGGGUUGGUGCCGGAGAAUGAUGCGAAGAUAUGACCUGUCUCUGAGGCAUAAAGUCCCGGUGCCACAGCACCUGCCUGAAGACCUGACGGAGAAGCUCAUCACCUACCAGCGGAGCGUCUUGUCCCUGCGGAGGACACACAAGUACGAGGUGGCUCAGAUGGGCAAUGCAGAUGAGACACCUAUUUGUUUGGAGGUGCCAUCGCGGGUGACAGUGGACAACCAGGGAGGAAAGCCCGUUUUGGUCAAGACACCCGGCAGGGAAAAACUGAAAAUCACAGCCAUGCUUGGUGUCCUGGCUGACGGGAGGAAGUUGCCUCCGUACAUCAUCUUGAGGGGGACAUAUAUCCCCCCUGGGAAGUUCCCCAGUGGGAUGGAGAUCCGUUGCCACCGGUAUGGGUGGAUGACCGAGGACUUGAUGCAGGACUGGCUGGAAGUGGUAUGGAAACGGAGGACUGGUGCGGUGCCCAAGCAGCGAGGGAUGCUGAUCCUGAACGGCUUCCGGGGCCAUGCCACCGACUCGGUGAAGAGUUCCAUGGAGAACAUGAACACCGAUAUGGUUAUCAUCCCGGGGGGCCUGACCUCGCAGCUCCAGGUGCUGGAUGUGGUGGUCUACAAACCGCUGAACGACAGCGUGCGGGCCCAGUACUCCGACUGGCUGCUGGCGGGGAACCUGGCACUGAGCCCCACCGGAAACGCCAAGAAGCCGCCCCUGGGGCUCUUUCUGGAGUGGGUCAUGGUGGCGUGGAACAGCAUCCCGGUCGAGUCCAUCGUGCAAGGGUUCAAGAAGUGCCACAUCUCCAGCAACUUGGAAGAAGAAGAUGACGUCCUGUGGGAAAUCGAGAGUGAAUUGCCAGGAGGAGAACCAUCAAAAGAAUGUGAAGCUGAGAGCUUAACUUAG